GCGUAAAACUACAGCGGCAUAUCGGCACUACUUCGAAUGCCUGCACAACGCGUCUCUCGAACGAGACAUACCUUUUUCUUGGCCUAUGUAUAUCAUUUGAAGCCGGCCGCGCCUUUCCUUUUUUUUUCCUUUUCUCUUUUUUGUUUCUUUCAUGUCGCCUAUCUCGUAUCUCCCAGGACGCACCUGCCUGGCACGCAAAACGUCGUUCUUUCCAUUUUUCUUUAUUUCUUUUUCCAGUAUACCCAUGGGACUUUGCUGUUGGCGUUUGUCUCGAGCCGUGAGCUUCUUCGUUUCGCCCACGUCUUACCAUCUAUCACACCGAUACGGUAGACUCACGAAUCGACGAAAGCGGUGGCAGCUGAACCAAGAGCUCGAGUGCUAUACUCUUAUAGGCUUCGAAGAGAAGAGGGACGGAGGAAAGUGGAAAAGGAAACCGGGCCAUCAAGAGCCUGGAUGGAUGUACAUUAGGCUGGAGCAGGCAAGAAAUAGACAGAUAUAUCAUAUACAUGCUUUGGGGCAGUAUCGGCUUGGAUACGGUAGACAGCCGUUGGUUCGGCGCCCCGUCGAGCUGGACAGACCGCGAGGAGAAAAAUAGAGAUUGGCAAAUUUUGGAUGAAUUUGGGAUGUGCCGCAUGAAGAUCGAACAACAAGCGGUUUCACGCCGCACGCCAUACGCCACAUUUCUGUAUGACAACGGCGGCAGCGGUAAAAGAUAAGCGGCUACUCGGUGCCGUUGACUUCUUUUAUCUUGGACGACGCGAC